CACGUAUUUUUAAUACCGGCCGACUUGAGACUUGGAUGCCCGCAGAGAGGAUUCAGAUGCUCCUUUGGUUAUCUUUUAGCUUAGGAUCCCACCUCUCUUUCUUUCUCACCCCCACCUGAUUUAUCACAACUGACAGCUCCCAAUGAUGUGAUCCCUGCAGGGGUUUCCUUUUGGGGAAAGGGAUAUUGCUGCUGUCGUGAGGAAGUCCUCCUUUCCCUUGAGGUUAAGCCCUGGGCCUCCAAAGUGUGUUCCCCUCACCUUGAGGCUAGCCAUUAAUUUUAAAUGGCGACUGAGCUGUCUGAAGCCGAUCCCGCACACCGUAAGGCAGUUCCACUCUUAACAGGAGCUCCCCUGGACAAGUUGAGUGAGACAGUCGAAGACGGAGCCAUGCCGAUCCGCCGAGCGGUGAAUGCUUCUUCUCGGGAAACUCCUCCCAAAAGCAAGUCUGCUGAAGCUGAGGAAACCAAGCCAGAACCAGAUGUCAGCUCGGAGGAAUCCGCCUCCACCGUGGAAGAACAAGAGAAUCAGGCACCCCCGGCUGCCCCCACCGAGACAGAGCAGCCGAAGGAGGCCGAGGAGGAGGAGAAGGCAGAUGUGAAGCCUGCCAAGGAAGCCAAGAAGGAGGAGAAGGAUGCGGAGAAGGAGAAGGAGAAAGAGAAGAAAGUGAAGAAGACCAUUCCCGCCUGGGCCACUCUUUCGGCCAGCCAGUUAGCCAGAGCGCAGAAACAGACACAGAUGGCAGCUUCCUCUCGGCCCAAGAUGGAUGCCAUUUUGAUCGAAGCAAUCAAAGCGUGCUAUCAGAAAGGCGGGGCGUCGGUGGUCGCCAUCCGAAAGUACAUCAUCAGCAGGUACACUUCGCUGGACCUGGAGCGGAGGGGGUACCUCCUGAAGCAGGCCCUGAAGAGGGAGCUCGAGCGGGGGGUCAUCCGGCAGGUGAAAGGGAAAGGAGCGUCUGGAAGCUUUGUGGUGGCCCCCAACUCAGGGAAAGCGGGCUCCAAGGCCAGAGACCGGAAGCGGAGCUUGUCAGCCUCCAGCGCAGAGCAGCACGUGAAGCUGGAGGACGUUCUCCCGCUGGCCUUUACCCGCCUCUGCGAGCCCAAGGAGGCCUCCUACAGCCUGAUCAAAAAAUACGUCGCCCAAUAUUACCCCAAGCUGAAGGUGGACAUCCGGCCCCAGCUGCUGAAGAAUGCCCUGCAGCGGGCAGUGGAGAAGGGUCAGCUGGAGCAGAUCACGGGCAAGGGUGCUUCUGGCACCUUCCAGCUGAAAAAGUCGGGGGAGAAGCCGUUGCUGGGCGGGAGCCUGAUGGAGGACGCCAUCCUCUCCGCCAUCGCCGCCAUGAACGAGCCCAAGACCUGCUCCACCACCGCUCUCAAGAAAUACGUCCUGGAGAAGCACCCUGGCACAAACUCCAGCCUCCAGGUCCACCUCCUGAAGAGGACUCUGCAGAAGUGCGAGAAGUACGGCUGGAUGGAACAGAUCUCCGGGAAGGGCUUCAGUGGCACCUUCCAGCUGUGUUUCCCCUACUAUCCAAGCCCCGGCAUUCUGUUCCCCGAGAAACAGAAGGAGGACAAGGAGGAAGAGGAGGAGGAAGAGGAAGAGACAGAUGAUGACGAUGACGAGGAGGAAGAGGAGGAGGAAGAGGAAGAAGACGAGCCGCCUCCAAAGAAGAGGAUGCCAAAGCGGCCCCCACCCAAAGCCCGGAACAGAGCCCCUCCCGUGGUGAAGCGACGGGAGGCCAAGCCCGCCGCCCGGAAGGCUCCUCUGGCGCACCGUGGAAAAGCGAAGCCUCCGCCGCCGCCUCCUCCUCCUCCUCCUCCUCCUCCACCCCCCAAGGCUAAGAAAGGCAAAGCCGUGCCUCCCCGGCCGGCUGUCAAGAGCCUCUCCAGCACCAGCCCGGCUGCCAAGAAGAAGCCGGCCGCGGCGGCUGCGGCAAGCGCCAAGCGGGACCGGAAGCCUUCCGGGAAGAAAAGCAAGACUACCAUGCGGAAGUCGCUGAGAGCAAAGAAGUAGCCGGUGGGUGGGUGGAUGGAUGAUGGGCAGGGGCACCCCUUCUUUUAUAAGUACAGCCCCCCCCCCCGUUCUGUUUGUAAUUUAGUUCUGAGGCUUCACUAUCUCUGU